CCUGGCCCAUCAGAGGUGCCAGUAAGCCGAGCCCAUCGUCGAGAACCCAAACCAAAUCUCCGAUUCGUCGCCGUCGGCUCCGGCUCCGGCGAAACCCUAGCGCCCCUCGCUCCGCAGCCAUGGAGAAGCGCGGCCAGGGCGGCAGGAGGGAAGCGGAGGAGGACGAUGACGAGGAGGAGUUCCGGCUGCCGAGGAGCCACCGGCCGACGGAGAACCUGGACACGGAGGGGCUGGAGCAGGCGUCCGUCGACACGCAGCUCAGCUCCUCCAACGUCGGCUUCAAGCUCAUGCAGAAGAUGGGGUGGAAGGGCAAGGGGCUCGGCAAGAACGAGCAAGUCCUUUGAUGCAGGUAUACUGGAGCCAAUAAAAGCUGGUAUCAGGGAUGCAAAAUUAGGAGUGGGGAAGCAAGAGCAGGAUGACUUCUUCACGUCGGAGGACAAUGUUCAGAGGAAGAGGUUGAAUGUUGAACUUGAAGAGACUGAAGAACAUGUUAAGAAGCGUGAGGUCACAGCAGAACGUGAGCAGAAAAUCCGCAGUGAGGUUAAGGAAAUACAGAAGACGUUCUUUUGCAGCCUCUGUAAUAAGCAGUACAAGCUGGCAUAUGAAUUUGAGAGUCAUCUGAGCUCAUAUGACCAUAAUCAUCGGAAGAGAUUUAAGGAAAUGAAAGAAAUGCAAAGCAGCAGCAACAGCAACCGUGAUGACAGGCAGAAACGUGAGCAACAGCGAGAAGAGAAGGAAAUGGCCAAAUUUGCCCAGCUGGCAGAUGCUCAUAGAAAGCAGCAGCAACAGAAGCAAGAACAGCCAGAGAUCUCAGGAGAGAAAGUCACGUCAAAACCUGCCGCUGGCAAUCAGGAUCAGCGUCAAACGUUGAAGUUUGGCUUCUCCAAAAUGGCCCCUUCGAAGGCUCCUGUUGGCAACAUCAGCAAGAAACGGAAGAUCGCCACGAAAGUUCCUUCAGUCUUCGGAAAUGACAGCGACGAUGAAGCAUAAUCUUAAUUGCCCUCCCAUGAUGACACACACACAAGGGGAAAUGUUGCUCUGUAGAUUCCUGUAAGCUAUCCCUGAGAACAUUCAGUGUAUGUAAUGUCUUACCCAUGCGGCUGGUUUGACGUCUUUGACCAGACAUGGAUAGUGGCAUCUUCGAAAAUCCCAUCAACAGACAGGAACUUCAGACAUGUAUCAGCGUCAGCAUACAUUGUAAGAGUGAAUCUGUUUGUACUUUUCAUGCCAGAGUUUGCAAAUUGCUUGGUACAUUCAGUCCUGGCAAUUAGAUAACGCCUUUGGGGCACCUUUGUAUCGUCAUUGUUAGACUUGUAUGUAACACAACAUGGUAUUCAGAGUUGACAAUGACCUUGUUACUGUUGAGCA